AUGCCUAAACGUCCGCGUCCGCUCAUCGAGUACUGGCCGGGGUACGGGAGGCUCCCAUUCUACUACUCUCGUCCUGAUCUCAGGCCACCACGCCUGAACAUCCUCACUGUUGACCCCGAGCGGGCCACGCCGGGCUAUAUUUUCGUCUCGCCGUCUUUCGACAGCCCAUAUCGACCGGACUCUGGCCCUUAUAUCUUUGAUACUGAUGGUAAUUUGGUAUGGUCGGGCAUCACCGCCUCUGGAGGUGCAGGUAGCACAGAUGUGCAUGGCCUGUACGUCUGCCAGUACCGUAAUGCACCACAUCUAUGCUUCUGGCGAGGCCAACAGCGAGGAACCCAUGGCGGCGGCAUGGGCGUCAUCAUGGACACAUCCUACAACAUCGUGCGCACCGUCGCCGCCUCUAAUGAAGCCCCCGUCGACUUCCACGAGUUCCUGUUGACAUCCGACAACACAGCGCUGAUCACAACAUACCCACCGAGGUUUCUCGAUGCGCUGUGGGUCCUGGACUCGUGCUUUGAAGACAUUCCCCUCUAUUCUGACGACGGCCGCGUCCCCUUUCAGUGGUGUGCGUCCGACCACUUGGACAUCAACGAGAACCCCAGCCGCAAGGAGUUCAUUGCAGCUCACAAGGGCCAGACACCCGACCGCGCAUGGGACCCCGUGCACCUGAACAGCGUGGACAAGACCCCUGCAGGUGACUACUUGAUCUCGGUGCGCCACCUGGACUCCAUCAUGCUUGUCUCGCACCUUGACGGGAGCAUCAUCUGGCGGCUCGGGGGAGCAAAGUCGUCAUUCAAGAUGGAAGGCUUUAACCUCACCCGGCAGCACGAUGCCAGGUUCCUCUCAUACAUAAACAGUUCAGGCAUGAUCAUCUCGCUGUUCAACAACAACAAUGACGGCGCAGCCCUCAAGGGCAACCCGUCGAGAGCGCUGGUGGUGGAGCUCGACACACAAGGCAUGUCAGCCAAGCAAAUAUCCGAAUACGGUCGGGUCCCCGAAGGAGCAGCUGGAUUCAACGGGACAGAGUUGGACAAUAGGCGAUACAUCGACUCCAACGGCAUGGGAAAUGUCCAGCUCCUCCCCAACGGCCACAUCCUGACUCACUUUGGCCGCCAUGGUGCCAUUGCCCAGUACCCACCCGAAGGCGACAGCGAGCCCGUCUUUUUCGCGAACUUGCUGCCGGCACAACAGACACCCUCGCCGCCGUCGGAGGCCCUGUCAUGGAGCGCAAACAACUACCGUGCCUUCCUCUACCCGCAUACCAACAACACCAACACGACCGACACAGGCACAAACAUCAACUCAACGACCGCCGCCGCCCUCCCAACCCAAUGGGAGGGCAAGCCCACCUCCCGCCCCGACCUCUGGGCCUACUCCCGCACCCCAGCCACCCUGAUGACCAUGUACGUCUCGUGGAACGGCGACACCCGCGCGGCGACCUACCGCUUCCACGUCUCCAUCCUCGAGUCGGCCGCCGCGCAGUCCGGGUCGCUCGAGCCCCCGCCCGACGAGGACUUCCAGUGGGCCGGCGACUGGCCGCGGACUGGGUUCGAGACCAACAUGACCGUCGGCGGGGCGCGGCCCUGGUCCUUUGCCGAGGCGCUCGACGCCGAGGGCAGGUCGCUCGCCAACAGCUCCAAGGUGCGCACGUACGUCCCCGCCAAGGAGGACUGGAAGACUUGUGGGAGGUGGCACUGCUUCCCUGAGAUCACUGGGGAUGCGGACGUCCUUCCGCUGUUGGAGGGCCUUGGCGAUUCGGAUGGUCCUGUUGGUGAGAGUGGGAGUGGCCAGACGCCCGGUGUGGUGGGUGUGGGCCAGGUCGGGGUCGGGGUGCUUGGGCUUGUGGAGCACGUUUUUGCUCUGCUUGGGCUGGGGUUCUGUGCCUGGUUGGUUUGGAACCGCAUUGCUUGUGGUGGGAGGGGGUGGCGCCCUUCCGCAAGGGGGUAUAGACGUGUUGGGAAGGACGAGAGCGAGGUGGUUGUUUAG